GCAGUCACAAAUCCUAUAGAUGUCAUCAAAAUUCGCAUGCAGCUUGAGAAUGAACUGGGCUCGAACCACAGCAGUAAGAAUAUUUUCAAGGACCGUUAUUACAAUGGAUUUAUAAGAGGUGGACUUAGAAUUUAUUCUGAAGAAGGACUUAGAGGUCUUUAUAAAGGGUAAGUGAAGUACCUUCUUUUGGUCCUACUUUCCUUUUGCCUUCCUGUGCAAGUAACUGGUGUUCCUGUUCUUAGUAGCCAGGGGAAUCCCUGGCCCUUCUUUCUUAGUGACAGCCUUGAAAUGUUGAAUUUUAGCUGCUAUUUCAUUUUACCAAAUAUUUUCCCUUAAUCUUUAUAUUUGCAAUCACUUGUUUUUCUAAAAUUAGUCAUUUUUCUGAGAAAAAAGAGGCCAUUCACUACUUUUUCUAAAUGAGUUGAGUAAUAAAGGAAACUUGCAAUAUGGCAAUAGCACCAAAGGGCUGCUUGAACAUAGCCUGCGUAGCUGGCUCUUAGAUGUAGUAGGCGCAAGAAAGAAUGGGUGCGCAAGAGGGAGACACUUGGGCGCCUGUUCUUUCUUGUGCCCACUACUUCACUAUGCGGGCUAGCUUGAACACAACACUGCAUUUAUGUUUUUUAAGCAGCUUAAACAGAUUUGCUUAUUUUGUUUUGGGCAAGUUUGUGCCCCCCACCAUACAAACGUCUGGAAAAUUUCGCCACUUUGAGGAGCUGUAUCUUCAUUAGUUUUCCACAAAUCACUUUCAAACUGGGCAAUUUUAUUAAUUUUAGAGCACUCUUUCCAAUGGUAUUGACGGAUUUUCCUGAACUUGCACAUGUCAAAGUUGAAAAAAAAAAAAACAUGAAAAGGUCUAUCCACCUAGAUAUCCUGGCACCUUGUACUAUUAUAAAUCACUACAAUUAAUCUCAUUUAAAAGGCCCUGGUAGUACAGUAUUUAACUAAGUAGUAGGCUGCGAGCAAGCUCUCCAUUUGGGGGAUAUCGUGAAAAGUGGACGCGCGAGAGGCACACAAGAGGAGACGGUGCUCGCUCGCGCGUACUCGCGCGGCUUGCAUCGCUCGCCCAAAUAGGAGAGCUUGCUCACUGGCUAACUAAGUAGUUAAAUACUGACUGAUGACUUUUUUGCAGGCUUCUGCCGUCUUUGAUGAGAGAAGGUUCUUACAGUACAAUUCGGCUUGGUGCUUAUGAGCCAUUAAAACUUCAGCUAGGAGCUACAGAUAUCGCCCAUACCCCACUGUGGAAGAAGAUUACAGCAGGUGCUAUCUCAGGGACGAUCGGUAGCGCAAUAGCCACGCCUACAGACCUUGUCAAGGUGCGCUUUCAAGCUGUGGGGCCUGGAAAGCGAUCCGCUUAUCGGAACACUUUCCACGCAUUUUGGACAAUCGCGCGAAUGGAAGGCAUCAAAGGACUGUGGACAGGUGUAGGUCCGACAGUUCAACGUGCGGCCAUUCUAACAGCAGCACAGAUUCCUUCAUACGAUCAUACUAAGCAUACACUUUUAAACGCUCAGUUGAUGGAGGAAGGGCCCGCCCUUCAUGGAGUCUCAUCUGUCAUUGCUGGAUUUGUAACUGCUUGUAGUACGUCACCCUUUGAUGUGGUCAAGACUCGUAUGAUGAAUCAGAAGAAAGCUGUAAGUGGAGUUCCACUAGCGUACAAGAAUUCUAUUCAUUGUAUAAUACAAAUUGUGAAGCAUGAGGGUGUUUUGGGACUUUAUAAAGGAUUUAUACCGAACUGGAUGCGAAUAGGACCUCAUACAAUUGUCACGUUCUUUGUCUUUGAAAGACUACGGCAUUUUGUUGGAAUGAAACCAGUAUAAACAAUAUAAAUAACAUACAAUGUAUUUAUUAAUUGGUCACCAUAUAUUUACUGAUAUCAAGGAUUAAGCUACAAUAUUUUUACAGACUAUUUCUAUGACUAAGUUGUUAAAGCCAGUGCCCGCUUUGCAUAUAUAUUCCCUAUAUACUAGUAAUAAUCAUUGAUUAUGGAUCCCCGUUCGUUAUACCGAAAAAUUCCGAAAGUAAGCCCAGGGGCUUAUAUUUUUCAAAGGUCCUUUUUGAGGGGCUUAUUUUUGGAGGGGCGUGUAUUCGGAGGGGCUAAUCUACGGAGAGAAAUUUGCGUUUCAAAAUCGAUUGGGCUAGCCUUAUAGUUGGAAGUAAAUUUACCGUUUUUGCUUUGUUUUACUUUGUAUUUGAGAGCAAUUUUCGAAGUACAAGCCCGCGGGGGUUUAUAUUUAGAGGGGCGAUUUAACGGAGGGUUUUUUGGGUUACCGGUUUGGCGGGCUUAUACAUGGAGGGGCUUAUUUUCGGAAUUUUACAGUAUUCUACGAGCAUGACAUCUGCACGAAACCAGACUAAAGGAAACGAAAACGAGUCCAAAGGAGUCCAGUUUCCUGCGGCCGAGAUGCCCCUGAUAAAAUCUGGGCGGCUAAUCGGCAGUCGCCCGUGAUAGCUCGAAAAUUUCUGCCUUUGUGCCACAGGAACACCAGAUUAGGAUGCGUUCUGACGAACGCGACUAACCUGUGUCGAAGAUACUCUAAUCAUAAAGUAUGGUAUAUUAGCGGAGCUGGCAGCAAUUUAUUAUUGCACACUUUGAGAUGUAUGUAUCGCGAAUAGUUCGCUUGUUCUUCGAAAGUGGGCUUAAGAGUGUGUAUCCAAUCAAACGAGUUGGUUCUAGCUUAUAUGAAGAGCCUCUUGCACCUUAAUUCCUAUAAAAAAAUUACAGUAGAUUUUUAAUGGCGAUGUCAAGCACUCUCAUAGUUUUUCAGGGAUCGAGAUCCCUCAAGGAGUAAAUUAAUUGCUGUUACGGCGAACUCUGUUUGGGCUUCCAUGGCCAGAUCAUAUUCAUUUAGCCCCCAAAAUAUGCGAUAUUGUUGGAGCUAACAGCAAUAUUAAUAUCACACACCUUGAGAUGCAUCGCGAAAAGUACUGUAACGUUUACAUUCUCUACCGACCUCAAAAGGCUAAAGACAUGUAAAGAGUAUGUACCCAAUGAAACGUUUUUGCCGAGAUUAUGUGAAGAGCCUCCCAAAGCAGAGGCACCUUGUUAUAAAACAUUUUAAGUACAUUUCAAAUGAUACCUUUUACAUUCACAGCAUUGUGUCGCAAAUAAUUAAUUGUUAUUAAGAUGAGAGUGAAAGGCCCAGCUGUUUUACAGAGCUUGGUGAAAAGUAAAGUUUUGUUUCCAAAUCGUGUUAUGGCAGCCCACAAAUCAGGGACACCCAACGACGGUUUCUCCUAAAUACAUCGAAUACACUUUUUAGGCCACCUAGAGUGCUUUUAGAUCUCUAGAAAUGCAUUCUUAUAGGCGACACUAUGAAAUUUGUAUCUGUUCGGUCAUCCUAGGUGAACUUGAGUCUUUCCGAAAUUACAAGGGCUUGAGCAUUAUUUUCCCGAAAACUUUAGAUGCAAUCUAACGUAUUACGACAGUGAGAAUUUUUCUGAUUCCACUCUCCAUCACAUUUUUUAAUCCGAAAAUUGUAGGUUUCCUUUUUUCUACGAAAAAUAGCCUGACCUAGGGUGUGAAAUGUGAAAAAAUUACCUUCAGAAAACCAUAGGGAAUUUAUAGGAUAAGCUUCGAAAACUGUAGAUGAACGGAACAGUCAUCAGGACAUUUCUAACCGUCCUCAGAACGACAGAAAAUUCUAGGCAAUAUUUGCUUCUCCGGACAGAUAUUUUACAAAAAUUAAACAGUCGUUGGGUGCCCCUGAUAAAUGACCUGUUCAUCACUAAUUCUAUGGUGCCCAGUGGUAAAAUGUCCGGUAUCUUGUUCAAAAUAUAAAAGACAAGAUAAAUGGUUAAAAUGUUCUCAAACUAUCAAAUAUCAAUAAUUUCACAUGUAAAAAUAUCGUAUUUUUACGUGUGUUCAGAUACCACAUUUCACGGUGGUAGAAAUCCUUGUAAAACACUGCAGUUUAUAUAAUAAAAAUAUAUAUUUGAUAUGUAUAUUUUUAAUGUGUUUUAUUUACUCCAUUCAUAUAAGCCACGUUUUCUCAUUGUCUGUGUUUUAACUUGGUCUCUUUAGGGGUCAAGAAAAGCUUGGGCCACACCCAGAUCAGUCUCCUUCAAAAUUUCUGACAAGCAUUCCCGCCCCUUUCAUAUGCGGAGUUCCCCUCCCCCCCCCCCCUCCGAGGACAUGUCCUGCCCCUCACACAUGCUUUCAAACUGUGACUCAAAAGAAAAGCAAGAGACAGCUUGCAGUCUAGCUCCCACUGGGCAUCCCAAUAAUAUGACAAUAAUCGAAAAGCGCAAGCAAGCAAGCGCUCUGAGGGGGCUUUUUUCUUCCCCUCCCCAGCUUCCAUAUCGAACAAGGAGACCUCUGUGGGGGAGAAGCCCUCUCCACAUUUAUCGUUAAAUUGAAAGGGGUUCUUCUUUCAAAUUAAGACAGUUACAUUUCAAUCAUUUUGAAUAGCCAUUCUAUUUUUAUUUUGCAGUCACAAAUCCUAUAGAUGUCAUAAAAAUUCGCAUGCAGCUUGAAAAUGAACUGGGCUCAAACCACAGCAGUAAGAAUAUUUUCAAGGACCGUUAUUACAAUGGAUUUAUAAGAGGUGGACUAAGAAUUUAUUCUGAAGAAGGACUUAGAGGUCUAUAUAAAGGGUAAGUGAAGUGCCUUCUUUUGGUCCUAUUUUCCUUUCGCCUUCCUGUGCAAGUAACUGCAGGUGUUCCUGUUCUUAGUAGCCAGGGGAAUCCCUGGCCCUUCUUUCCUAGUGACAGCCCUGAAAUGUUGAAUUUUAGCUGCUACCAAAUAUUUUCCCUUAAUGUUUUAUAUUUGCAAUCACUUGUUUUUCUAAAAUUAGUAAUUUUUCCUGAGAAAAACGAGGCCAUUCACUACUUUUCCUAAACCAGUUGAGUGAUAAAAGAAGCUUUCAACAUUGCAACAGCACCAAAGGGCUGUUUGAACAUAGGCUGCGUAGCAGGUGCUUAGAUGUAGUGGGCGCAAGAAAGAAUGGGUGAGCGAGAGGGAGACACUUGGGUGCCUGUUCUUUCUUGUGUCCACUACUUACAAGCACCUGCUACACGGGCUAGCUUGAAGACAACACUGCAUUCAUGCUUUUUUAGCAACAUAAACAGAUUUGCCUAUUUUGUUUUGGGCAAGUUUAUGCCCCCCACCAUACAAACGUCUGUAAAUUUUCGCGACUUUGAGAAGCUACACCUUCGUUAGUUUUCAACAAAACACUUUCAAACUUGGCAAUUUUAACUAAUUUUAGAGCGCUCUUUCCAGUGGUGUUGACGGAUUUUCCUGAACUUUCCCAUUUCAAAAGUUGAAAAAAAAAACAUGAAAAGGUCUAUCCUUCUAGAUAUCCUGGCAACUUGUACUAUUAUAAAUCGCUACAAUUAAUCUCAUUUAAAAGGCCCUGGUAGUACAGUAUUUAACUAAGUAGUAGGCUGCAAGCAAGCUCUCCAUUUGGGGGAUAUCGUGUAAAGUGGACGCGCGAGAGGAGACGCGGCCCCUCACGGCCUCGCUGCUCGCUCGCGCGUUCUCGCGCGGCUCGCAUCGCUCGCCCAAAUAGGAGAGCUUGCUCGCAGGCUAACUAAGUAUUUAAAUACUGACUGAUGACUUUUUUGCAGGCUUCUGCCGUCUUUAAUGAGAGAAGGUUCUUACAGUACAAUUCGGCUUGGUGCUUAUGAGCCAUUAAAACUUCAGCUAGGAGCUACAGAUAUCGCUCAUACCCCACUGUGGAAGAAGAUUACAGCAGGUGCUAUCUCAGGGACGAUCGGUAGCGCAAUAGCCACGCCUACAGACCUUGUCAAGGUGCGCUUUCAAGCUGUGGGGCCUGGAAAGAGAUCCGCUUAUCGGAACACUUUCCACGCAUUUUGGACAAUCGCGCGAAUGGAAGGCAUCAAAGGACUGUGGACCGGUGUAGGUCCGACAGUUCAACGUGCGGCCAUUCUAACAGCAGCACAGAUUCCUUCAUACGAUCAUACUAAGCAUACACUUUCAAACGCUCAGUUGAUGGAGGAAGGGCCCGCCGUUCAUGGAGUGUCAUCUGUCAUUGCUGGAUUUGUAACUGCUUGUAGUACGUCACCCUUUGAUGUGGUCAAGACUCGUAUGAUGAAUCAGAAGAAAGCUACAAGUGGAGUUCCACUAGCGUACAAGAAUUCUAUUCAUUGUAUAAUACAAAUUGUGAAGCAUGAGGGUGUUUUGGGACUUUAUAAAGGAUUUAUACCGAACUGGAUGCGAAUAGGGCCUCAUACAAUUGUCACGUUCUUUGUCUUUGAAAGACUACGGCAUUUUGUUGGAAUGAAACCAGUAUAA